AUGGCUUCUAAGCGACAAGCCACAACCUCGAUGCCUCGUCGCAAUCCAGCGCGCGCUACCGGCUCUCAUUCUGCUGUCACCGAUCAGGUGCAAGUUACUGAAACCGGGACCCGAUCGUACACGACUAAGCCGACCGAUGGUCUCCGAACCAAGACUCGAUCCUCGACCCGCUCCCAGACUCAGUCAUACGUUGGCAUGGAAAGCUCCGAUGACGAACUCUCCGCCGCGGAAGAAUCCGAAGAUUCUACGAAAUCACGUCGUGUCUCACGUAGGAGUCCGCGAAAGACACCUACUAAGGCCAGUGACAGAAAAGGAGCCAAGCGGACAGGCACCAAACGCAAGUCGACCACUACUACGCAAGACUCUGGCCAUAAGAGAGGUCGACCUCGACGGAAAGUCAAGCACAAUUCCUCGGACGAAUCUGACGAUCUCGAAUCUGAAGACGACUUUUUAGGCGUCAAAGUUGCUCUCAGGACCUCUCCGACUAAGUCGCGCGGAAGGCCUCCAAUGAAAAAGGCGGAUGUCGACAUGAACAACACGAGCUCUUUCACCCCGAAUUGGCUAGACCCUCAAAUCGCACAUUCAAUUUGGGUCCAAAUAUUUCAAUACGCGGCGAUUUCGGGCGAUGAGCAGGAUACCUUGGACGUCAAUUGGAUCCUCCGUACGGCUCGGGUGUGUCGGCAAUUCGCCGAUCCGGCUUUGAACGUUCUUUACAGGUGUCCACCAAUACGGGACGAAACCAAAGCUUAUGGGCUUGUGGAACUGCUCGAGAAGCCGCCAUCGCAGACCACUGUGAACUACAGAGUGAAAAUAGAGGCCCUGCACAUCGAUGUGAGACUGGUGUCUUUGCAAGGUCUUACAUCGCCACUCAAACUGAUGCAGAGCCUGCCACGUCUCAAAGAGGUUCUACUUGUGCAUGGUUAUGACCAGGCCCCUUACCGGAAGCUGAAGGAAUCCAUCAAGUGGACUUAUCCUGACGAGAUUUUUCAGGCAUUUGAGGUGUCACCUACCGCCGAUGCUGAGGCGGGAGACAAGACUGCAAUGACACGACUCCAAAGCUGGCAGUGGAGCUCCAGGUUGAUGGGCAAGAACUGGGAGGCUAGCCUUGCGAGACUUCAACAAGUCCACCAAAUGCCGAGCUUUACCUCUCUGCGGAAGCUCAAGUUCGUGAACUACCAGAUGCCGUCCAUCAGACUGGACAAAGAUCCCGGAGCCAAUCCCGAAUUGCUGGCUGAAGAUCAGAGGUCUGUGAGCCUGCUUGCAGAUUCCAUUCUGGCUUUGCCCAAUCUCGAAGAUUUGGCUUUUGAAUCUUCGACGAUCGUUAGUUCGUCCUUGUUUUCUUUGCUCCCAGCAAAGCUUAGACUCCUCGAGUUAGUCAAUUGCGCGGAAGUCAUUGCCGACGACUUCAGCUUAUUCUUGGUUGCGAAGGGGCAUCAGCUGCAGUCGCUGGUAUUGCACCACAAUCGUUCGCUGAACUUGUCUUUCCUCACGGUGCUUGGAACUGCCUGUCCAUAUCUUAAGGAGCUGCGUAUGAACCUACAGUACUUCAGCUUACUGGAGACAAUCGACGAUACACUUCCGUCCUACGACACACUAUUGCUCCCUGGCCAGGUUCCCAGUUGGCCGGCAUCUUUGCAGACGGUUCACUUGGAGAAUCUCCGUCACUGGAGCUCCGACGCAGCUGACACUACGGCUGCCGAAGCUUUUCUUCAAUCACUAAUCGACAGCGCUAGAGACUUACCAAAUCUCAGGCACGUGUUUAUCAAGGCAAUGCUCAACAUCUCCUGGCGAUCGCGGAGCGAAUUCCGCAGAUCGUGGCAAGAAAAGUUUGAAAAGGUCUUCCUCCGGCACAGCCCCGAUCCAAGACCACACUUCACAUUGCGGAAGCCGUUCCCCAUUGAGUCGUCUCCCCUGGUCGCCUCAAAACGAAAGUCAAAGAAACCUGUCACAGAGCCAUCUCGGCGAAGCAAACGGGUUGUGUCCCAUGCAUCGGGUACCUCUUCUCGCGCUAGCAGCACGUCGAGAGGGCUCCGUGGCCAGCAGCGGAAGCCCAAGUCGUACCUGGAGCCAGACAGCGAUGAAUUUGACUCUGACGGCGAUGUCGACAUGGAAGAGCGGGCAGGAGAUUCGAAUCAAGAUGAAGCUGACGAAGCCCCGGAAGGUGCAGCGGUAGACGCAUUCAUCCAAGGCAUGUGCAAUGUCGUCGAUAUCCACAUCGACAACCAAAAACCUAGGGAGCAUCAGUACAGCAUGGAUGACUUCCUCAACGACGAACGAGACUUUGAGGUCGAUGACGAAUGGGAUGGCGAUAUGGACUAG